GGCAGCACUCACUUUCUCUACCAUUUCCGCAAGAACACAUGCAGAAAAUGGAUCCUUUCCUCCUUUUCAUUUCCAUCGUGUUCAUCUUUUCUUUUACUUGCAAAUACUACCAAAAGCUUAAAUACAAGCUCCCUCCAGGCCCAUUUCCAUGGCCAGUACUAGGAAACUUACCCAACAUUGAACCAGACGUAUCCAAAUGUCUUGACAACUGGUCACAAACUUAUGGCCGGAUUAUAUCAAUUUGGGUUGGUUCAACACUUAACGUUGUCGUUUCAUCCUCAGAGUUGGCAGAAGAAGUGCUCAAAGACAAGGACCAGGUACUAGCUCAUAGGCCCAGAAAUAAAGCAGUCAGUAUAAUGUCCAGAAACGGCAAAGGCAUUUUAUGGGCUGACUAUGGUCCUCAAUAUGCCAGGCUAAGAAAAAUUUGUAUGCUCGAGCUCUUCUCUCAGAAGGGUACUGAAGCUUUUAGACCUAUUAGAGAAGGUGAAGUUAGAGCAAUGAUUGAAUCCAUCUAUAAAGACUCUACUUGUCUUGAUAACAAGCAAGACGACAAUUUGUUUCUCAGAAAGUAUUUGAAUCCAGUAGUCUUAAAUAGCGUUAGUAUGUUAGUAUUAGGCAGCCGAUUUCUGACUAGAGAAGGUGUAACGAACGAACUAGGCUCUGAAUUUAAAGCAAUCUUUGGUGAUGAAAUGAAGCUUGCAACUUCUCUUACCCCAGCUGAGCAUAUAUGGUGGCUGAACUGGAUCUUUCGUUUUCGAAACAAGGCGUUUUCAGGACUUCUGGCUCGUAGAGACAGCCUCAUUCGAGCAAUAAUGGAGGAGCAUAAGAAGGUUUGUGAUGCUAAGCAGCAUCUUGUUGAUUCACUUCUCAAUUUGCAAGAGACAUCUAAUGGAAUUUGCGAUGAGGACAUUACAGGAUUACUUUGGGAUGUGACAACCGCAGGCAUGGAGACUAGUACUGUAGUUGUUGAAUACACCAUGGCUCAGCUUGUCAAGAAUCCAAGGUUACAGUUGAAAGCACAAGAAGAACUUGACCAUGUAAUUGGAAACAAACGGGUUAUGUCUGAAUCAGACAUCUCAAACCUCCCUUACCUCCGAUGCGUAGUGAAGGAAGCGCUAAGAUUGCACCCUCCAGCUCCAUUUCUACAACCGCACAAGGCAAAUGCCGAUGUCAAGAUUGGCGGAUACGACAUUCCUGAAGGAACAAACAUUCACGUUAAUGUAAGAGCUAUAGGACGUGAUCCUGAAAUUUGGAAAGACUCACUAGAGUUUAAACCUGAAAGAUUCUUGGAGGAAGACGUUGAAAUGAAAGGUUAUGAUUUUCGAUUGUUGCCAUUUGGUGCAGGGAGGCGUAUGUGCCCUGCUGCCCAGCUUGGUAUCAAUUUGGCGACGUCCAUGAUUGGUCAUUUGUUGCAUCAUUUCAACUGGAGCUUGCCUGAUGCCGUAGUGCCUGAAGAGAUCGACUUAUCCGCGAUACCAGGAUCACCAAGUUUCUUAAAAACCCCACUACAAGUAGUGCCUACAUUGAGAUUGCCAGCCCACUUAUACAAACAUGAGAGUUAUGAUGCCAAGUAAUUUUUGCUUAACUUUCGAUAUCCAUAGAUCGUGUGUGUAUUUAUUCGAAGGUAAUCCUGAAUUUGUAAUAAGUAGCUUUAUUCUCAUAAAUUUUUCAUCCUACU